UCAAGGAUUACUCUAUCCAUUCCAUGGUGUAAAGAACGCAAUUAUUUAAACUGAAUUUGCCGAAAACGCUUUGAUGGAGGACUGGAGAAGUCAAGCAUAAUUUGUCUUCGGUUCUCGGCUUCUCGCAUGCGCAUCCCUGGAAGAAAAUUCUCUUUUAACCAACAUAAUUACUUUCGAGCGUGGAUUAAGUAAUUUCACGAUUUUUAUUUGAAUGAAUCAGUUGUGUAUCUUAGCGUGGCAGUGUUUAACUUUUUAUAGCGAGAAAAUGAAAGACUGCCCCGCACAGUCACCCCGCACUGUAUCCCACCAAUUUUAGAGACCCAAAUCCGAAACCCGCGUUUUACCUACCUUCACAGUUCACAUUGUAGUUACGUCUGCUAGUAUUAGCAUGGGAGUUUUUAAGUAGCUUUACCGGCAAAACAUUCAGAAUUCUGCAAAGAUGAAUAUGAAAGAGCAACCCUAUGUUUUGAUCAAACAGGGUUCUGAAGCAAAAAUUUACAGUGGUUCUUUUCAUGGAAAACCUUGCAUCGUCAAAGAACGAUUUCCAAAACGAUACAGGCACCCUCAUCUUGACCGGGAAAUUUCAACCCAAAGACUUAAAAAUGAAGUCCGCUCGCUUGUCCGUUGCCGCUUGGCAGGUGUUCAUGCUCCAACUGUGUACUGUGUCAAUAUGGAACUAAACCAUAUCAUGAUGGAACACAUUGUUGAUGGUGUGACUGUCAAAGAUUACAUCAAAGAUCCUACAUCAAAAAGCAAUCUUGAUAACUUGGCUUCAACUAUUGGAGCAACAAUUGGUCUUUUACAUUCACAAAACAUCAUCCAUGGGGAUUUAACUACUUCUAAUAUGUUAAUUAGAAGUGGAGAUAUUUCUAAGCUUACAAUGAUUGAUUUUGGUCUGAGCUUUAUUGACCAUUCAGCUGAAGAUAAGGGAGUUGACUUGUAUGUUCUGGAGAGAGCCAUGUUAAGCACACAUCCUAAUUCUGAACCUCUAUUUGAAAUCAUCCUCAAGUCCUAUUUGAAGACAAAUAAGAAAGAUGGUAAAGAAACCCUUAAAAAACUUGAUGAAAUUCGCCUCCGUGGUCGAAAGCGUUCGAUGGCCGGUUGAAUUCUUUAAAUAAAUACUUCCUUUCAUACCCAGAA